UUAAUAUCCUUAUCAAAAUUAAAUCAGUUAUUAAUGUCAGAACCACAGUCCGCCUUAUUACUUAGAAAACAACUAGCAGAAUUAAACAAGAACCCAGUUGAGGGUUUUUCUGCAGGCCUCAUAGAUGAUAAUGACAUUUAUAGAUGGGAAGUUCUUAUUAUAGGUCCACCUGACACUUUGUAUGAAGGAGGUUUUUUCAAAUGUCAUCUCUACUUUCCGAAGGAAUACCCUCUUAGACCACCGAAAAUGAAAUUUGUUACAGAAAUAUGGCAUCCAAAUAUUGACAAAAAUGGAGAUGUAUGUAUAUCAAUUUUGCAUGAACCAGGUGAUGACAAAUUUGGUUAUGAAAAAGCCUCAGAAAGGUGGUUACCAGUUCACACUGUAGAAACUAUUCUGAUAUCUGUAAUAUCAAUGCUGGCAGAUCCAAAUGACGAGAGCCCAGCUAAUGUUGAUGCUGCAAAAGAAUGGAGAGAAUCGUACUCAGAAUUCAAAAGGAAAGUGGCCAGGUGUGUUAGGAAAUCACAAGAGCAAGAAGAGUGUUAGUAGUGCUUCUAAUUUAUUAUAAAAAUAAUAACUUUUUUAAAAGCAGCCAAUUGAGAUAAAAUAUUUUUUUUAAUCAAUGCAAAUUCUUCGUUGUUUUGAAUUUGAAGAAAACUCGCGGUUUUCAAGACUUCGGUGGCACAGUUUGAAGAGAUUGGUCGUGUAUUCUUAUGAUAAGUAUGUAUAAUUUAAUAUUCAUAUUUUUUAUAUACUAAUUGUGAUAAAUACGUUAACCCGUAAUAUUUCUGUGAAUAGUUUGACAACAGUUUUCAGAAACUUCUGCUGUGCACUGCUCUGUUCAAACUGUGGCCUAUUAUUUUAAUAUAAUUUUUUGUUUUACCUCUUAUUUUACAGUUUUGUUUUGUUUAGCUAAGUAUCUUUAAAUUAAUAGUGAAUUGGAUUUUGAUCCAGAACAUUUCAAUAGCCAUUGCUAGUAACUAAAUAUAAAAAUUACUUAAACAUUUAUUAUUCUACACUCACCGGCAAAAAAAACCAGCCAGUAAAAACUAGUCCCAAUUUCAAAGUUUUUUUCUCGCG